AUGGUCAUUCAGCGCAGCUGGAAGAUUCUGAGCGAUACAGCGAGCAUAGCGCACCACAAUACCAUCAGUGAUGUCCAGCAACGUUCGCCUGCUGCGCUUCAGGUCAAUUCCUCUUCGGAUGAUUCGGAUUGCUCCAAUCAGACCACACAUUCCAUGGACACACGCCUUGCAAGUCCCCUGAAGCAGUCGAAACAGCCAGAGGCAGCGCCCACAUUGGAGAUAAUAUCAACGCUGGCGCCGAAUGAAAUGGAGCCCGCACGGAAAUAUAUAACCACCUCUGAGAUGGCGGAAACAAUGCUGCAGAGGAUACGGCAUCGAUACAAUGGUGUAUACAACAUGGAAAGUGGCGGCAAUGCAGAGUCAGCUAUGCGAGCAUUGGAACUGUUGCGGAUCAGCGUGCAGCAGGCGUUCGAUGCGGAAGUCAAUGAUAUUAUCAAGCGCUAUAUGAACAACUAUUUCAAGCCCGCUUUUGGCAACAUUAAGGAGAAUCUGAGACAGUAUGCAGUGAAUGAGGAGACGCUGCAGAAAAUGUCCUCCUGUGCGCUGCUGGAGAAUGCCAAGGGGCAGUAUACAAAUUUUCUAAUACGACAACAGCGACCAGGUGGUGCACUAACAACAGUUACCUCCGAGCAGCAGCGUCUGGCGCUCAAGCGUCCAGGAAAGCCCCUUGAGUACAACAACAACAAAAUGUAUACCAACAAUUUGGGUUUUCCUGUCGCAGCUGGUAAGCCCAUGCCCUGCACCUCGAAUCCUUUGGCUGCACAACAACAUCAACAACAACUGCAGCACCAACAUCUGCAGCAACAGCUGCAGCAGCAACUGCAGCAACAGUUGCAGCAACAACAGCUGCUGCAGCUGCAACAGCAACAGCAACAUUUGCUAAUGAGUGGACCGCUGCCUACUCCGGUGCGUCGUCAGAUCUUCUGGAACACUGCACAAAUCUCGACUUCAACUAAAUUUGUGCUGGAUGUGCAGGCGAAUCUGGCAUUUGGCUUCAAUAUUGAUGGCAAGGAACUGGGCGGCGCUCGACUCGCCAGCAAGCAUCCCGAGAUAAUACGUUAUCUGCCGGAUGCGGAGGAUCGUGAGUGGCUAAUGGUGCGUGGCAUUAUUCCGCCCGAGAAUCGUAGUUCGCGUUUCUUAUUUCUCAUUUACGACGAGGUCUGUCGGCUGCAGCAGACCCAUGAGCUGUACCGGAAUCAAGCCAGCAUUGAUCUUAGCAUGAUGCUCACUUUCAAUGUGACCGAGACGAUGAUCCACAAGAUGAAGCUGUUUUUUGUGGAUUUGAAUAUUAAGAGUCGUGGGCUGAUUACCAACUCCUAUGUUCUGGCCGAUAAUCCGGAGCAGCCGCCGCAGCAACAGCAGCAAGAACACCAACUACAAGAGCAACAAGAGCAAGAGCAGCCACAACAGCAGCAGCAAACACAACAGCAACAACAACAACAGUCACUGCAACAGCAGCAACAACAACCGCAGUUGCAGCAACAGAUGACUAACAACAAUAGCCAUUUACGCAAUGCUCUGCUACAAGGCGUGCCCACAAUGCCACAACUGACGCCGAUGCCAAUGACGAUGCUAAUGCCAACCGUUGAGGAUGCAACGCCCAAAGAUCAGACUAAUCAGUCGAUUACAGCAGCUCCCUGUUUGCAGGGCACCGUUGUGGGCAGCAGCACCGCCAAUCCCCUGAAGGCCAAAGUGAUGAACAGCAGCAGCAGCAGUUCGACGCUUAGCUCAUCGCAUGCUACGCUGACGGCUUUGCUUAACCAAUGUGGAAGUUCAACGGGUUUGGCACUAACCAGCAAAUUUCGAAACUAAGCCAAGUUGCAACUAAAGUACACACUAUAUAUUAUAUCAAUACUAUCAAGUAAUAAUAAUAAUAAUAGUUUAUUUGCGCAACUAUUUUCGUCACGCUAUCACGCCGCAAUAAUAGAAACCAACGAGCAAUCAUUUGGGAUUAACUCAACUUCAGCUGUAGAUAAUAAAUGUACAGAAUGAAUUUCCAUUUUAUGUUUCCAAUCAAAUUGAAACUAUAUUUAAUUUACUUUAUCGAUUAAAGCUUAAGGUUUGUGUUCACUUUACUGAAAUCGAAUUGGUUUAAUAUAU